GCGUACGCGCGCACAGGGUCUUGUGACCCAGAGUGUGCAGCAUGGACGGCGGUGUGUCGGUGCUGUUUGUGUCGGUUGUGUCGCUCUUUGUGCAUUUGUCCUCCUGUCAUGUUUAUGUCCUGGACGACGCCGGGGGGCUGGGGAGGGUGUUUGACGGAAUCGGAGGUCUGAGCGGCGGAGGGGCGACGUCUCGGUUACUGGUGAAUUAUGCCGAGCCGUACCGCAGCCAGAUAUUGGACUACCUGUUUAAGCCGGACUUUGGCGCUUCUUUGCACAUUCUGAAGGUGGAGAUUGGAGGAGAUGCGCAAACUACCGAUGGAACGGAGCCAUCCCACAUGCACUAUGAAAAUGAUGAGAACUACUACAGAGGCUACGAGUGGUGGCUUAUGAAAGAGGCCAAGAAGAGGAACCCAAACAUCACGCUCAUAGGUCUGCCCUGGGCGUUCCCUGGCUGGGUGGGCCAAGGCAAGAACUGGCCCUAUGACAACCCAGACGUCACUGCAGCGUAUGUGGUGAACUGGAUCCUUGGUGCCAAGCAGUACCAUGACCUAGACAUUCAGUAUGUUGGGAUCUGGAAUGAGCGAAACUUUGACGUCAAGUACAUCAAGCUGCUGCGAUACACUCUGGACAAGAAUGGUCUGGAGAGAGUCAGGAUCAUAGCCAGUGACAACCUGUGGGAGCCCAUUGCCUUGUCUCUGCUACUAGACGCUGAGCUGAGCGCAGCUGUAGACGUGAUAGGGGCUCACUAUCCAGGUACCAACACAGUGAAAGAGGCCCUGAUGACACAGAAGACGCUGUGGUCGUCAGAGGACUACAGCUCCUUCAACGAUGAGACGGGUGGAGGCUGCUGGGCUCGCAUCCUCAACCAGAACUAUGUCAAUGGACAAAUGACUGCCACCAUCUCCUGGAACCUGGUGGCCAGUUACUAUGAGGAGCUGCCAUUCGGCAGGGACGGGCUCAUGACAGCUGAGGAGCCCUGGAGUGGCAACUAUGUGGUUGAAUCUCCAAUUUGGAUCACAGCCCACACUACACAGUUCACCCAGCCGGGAUGGACCUACCUGCAGACUGUUGGACAUCUGGCACAAGGUGGAAGCUACGUUGCCUUGACUGAUGGGAAGGGAAACCUCACUGUUGUUAUAGAAACCAUGACUCACAAUCAUUCAGUGUGUGUGAGACCUCCACUGCCUCCCUUUAAUGUGACAUCUCAAAAUGCAACUUUCCAGCUGAAGGGAUCCUUUGCCUCCAUCAAGGAACUCCAAGUGUGGCAGUCACAGUUUAACUUCAAGAUGAACAAGCCCUCCUUUUUUGAGAAGCUAAAGCCACUGAAGCUUGAAAAUGGCUCAUUCACCCUUAAUCUGGCUGAAGACGAGGUUUACACACUGACCACUAUUACUACAGGAAGCAAAGGCAGCUACCCCGACCCGCCUCCCUCAGCUCGCUUCCCUAAAGUGUACAAAGAUGACUUUGAUGUUCGAACCCCACCUUUCUCAGAAGCUCCAAACUUUGCUGAUCAGACAGGAGUGUUUGAGUACUACAUCAACCUGACCGAUCCUGGACCUCACAUCUUCACCUUAAGACAGGUUCUGACAGAAAGACCCAUCACAUGGGCAACGGAUGCUGACCAGCCCAUCAGUGUCAUUGGAGACUAUUACUGGCAGAACCUGACAGUUACGUGUGAUGUCUUCAUGGAGAACAUAAAGACUGGUGGUGUGUUCGUAGCAGCCAGGGUGGACAGCGGAGGCCAGUCGAUCCGCAGGGCUAAAGGAGUCUUCUUCUGGGUGUUUGCUGAUGGCACCUACAAACUUACCAAUGAUCUCGCUGGGCAGACCGUGCUCGCAGAGGGGCAGUCUGGUACCCGGGCAUUUGGCUGGUACACCUUGUCACUCACUGUGAAAGGCCAGUAUGCAUCGGGGAUGCUGAAUGGAUACCCUCUAUGGAAGAACGCUGUGGUACUGACUCCAAAGAGUGGCUGGGCUGCCAUUGGAACACACUCGUUUGAACUGGCCCAGUUUGAUAACUUCUCUUUGGUUGCAGAGUGACGAUCUAACUCUGAAGAUUUCCACUGUGCUACUCUGAUUCACUUAUGGACUCACACACAUUAAGGGUGCCAGCUUUUAAAAUGGGAGAAAAUUUGGGGGAAAUGGCUUCUAGUAUUUGAUAAGCAUGUAAUCAUCUGUAAUUAUGAGUCACAAUGUUCUUGUUUUUGUUUGCCAUAUCAAGAGUGGAUCGGUCAAUAGAUUUGUUCUAAUGCACCUGUUUCAUACACACCAGAAUCCAAAGCUUAACCUCGACCAUCACACGUACAGCGUGUGGCUUGUAGAUUGAGGCUACUAUCAAAUGGUCACAUCUUAGUAGUUGGCUUGUCACCACCAUUGGAGCAUCCCUCAGUUUCUUAGUGGGAUCCACUCCUCACUCAUUACAUGUGGUUUCAAAGCAGCAAAAACAGCAACAGCCUAAAAGAUCAGCUCCAAGCUUGAAGUAAAUGAUACAUCUUGGUGGCUACCUCCAUGUACAGUACAUGUGGUGAAAACAGGUCACACAUAGCACUGAAUCCUGGAACUUUGAUGUGACUGUAAAUGAUUUUGCACUGUGGCUUUAUAUUGUUUUUUAACAGCUUUCCAAUGUUUGUGUUUAAUGAAUGAAUAACUUAAUGAAAUAAAGAACAGCUGCAGAUUUGUGAAA